AUGGACACACAGACAAAACCCAACAAUAAUUUUAUACACGAAGAACCAGUACAGGCCAAAAGAAAGCCGAUAGCAGAAUCCAUCAGAAAGAAGCGUAAAUUGAAAGAGUUGCAGCACCUGAACAAUGAUCAGCUCUCAUCCUCAGAGGACGACCUUUCCGAUAUCGAUUCAAGCUUGAUGUCCAAUGACACCACGACAGCCAAACUGAAAAAGAUGCACCACAAGAAGAAUAAAGCCACAGCAGCAAAGAAAGAGAUAAGCCUAUCUGACAAAUACAAACUAGCAAAAGCACAGCUUCAAUACAUUUCAAGGGAAAACGAAAUGCUAUGCGACGAAUGGGCCUCCACUGAGAAAAUUCUAAAGAAACUGAAAACCGAGAGAAAAGUGCUAUUAGACGCACUUGUCAAGAAGAGAUACAGGGACGAGGACUGA